AUGUUCACUAAGAUUGUUUUUAUUGCGAUAGUAUACCUAUAUUUCUCCACUGAGCUACAUGGAGAUAAAAUUGAUGAUGCACUAGAGGAGCAGAAAGUUAAAUUAUCAAAAAUUUGCGUGGAUCUUGGAUAUGAGUUUGCUUGUGCAUUGGAUGAAACUUGCGUUCCAAGUUGCGCUAACGAUUAUUUAGAUGUUCAAGAAAAUAAAUGUCAGUAUAUAAAUAAAUCUAUUUAUGACUUUGAGAUGGUAGAAUUCUUCGAGUGUAAACUUCCUAAUUAUUAUUCUGCUGAUGAUUUUGGGCAAUGUGAAGGGGGAUCAUGCGUUAGAAUUUUUUAG